ACUCACUCACUUACUCUCGUCUCUCUUUCUCAAGCAAAGCAGGCCCAAUAAGUUAACUUGCCAACUAACGAAGGCAAAGCAAACAUAAAGGCAAACUGGCCGCAUCAGUCGACAUCAAAUGAUGAAACUGUGCUCAUCUCGCAGCAACUCCACUCUGUUGAAUGUUGUGAUCGAUCAACGACUUAGAAUUGACACCUGUCGAUAUCUAAUGGAAAUUCAAUCACGUCGCCUAGCCGGAGAAUAGAAUUCGAUUCAUUGAAAGAGGCAGAAAGAAAUAACUGAAAAUAAAAAAGUGAAAAAAUCUAAUAAAAAAAUAAGCGAAAACGCGUAGAACAAAGCGCCACAGCAACAAUACUGAAACGUCAAAAGUGAACGCAGUAAAUGCUGUCGGAGCAUUGUUAUAUACAGUAAGCAGGCCAAGCAAGCAAGAAAAAACAAAUAUUUCAUACGCACAUAUGUAUGUGUACAUACAUAUAAAAAGCAACUGAAAGAAAAACGAAUUCUUUUAUUUUUCUUUAUUACUUCAAGUGUUUAUUUAAUAAUUAAUUAAUUAAUUUGAAUACUGCGCAAAAAAUUAUUAAAAAUUUGCAAAAAAUUAAGUGAAGAAAAUAAUAUAAUCUACAUUCAUAUAUAUAUGUACCUACUCGUAUGUUUGUUUGUCAAUUGACGUCAGCGUUCACCUCGCACAAAAUUUAAUUAAAAAUUCAAAAGUUAAACAUUCACACGAAAAAAACCAAAGAAAAGCGAAGUGAAACAAAAAAGUUGUGAAAAAAUUCUGUAAGCGUUAAAUAAGUAAAAAAAAUAUAUAUAUAUAAAUGACCGAGUGAAGAUUGUGAGAUUUCAAUUCGAAAUUUUAUUUUUUUGCUACACGGGCAUCCGGUGGAAAUUGCACAAAAACAACAACCACAAGUUAAUAAAGAGUACGCUACUAGCAGCAAAAGUCGCAAUAAAAAACCGAAACGAAAUUGUCAACAGCGUAAAUAAGUAAAAAAAAAAAAAAUAUUGUGAAACAAAAGCGAAAGUGUUAUUGAAAAACAAAAAAAUAUUUUCAAAAGAAGAAACAACAACAAGGAAACAACCGACAACAGCAACGUACUAAGUAGAGUGAUAAGAAAAAAGCUAAAAAGUCGGCGUAAAAAGCUUAGAAGAAAAAGAAAACGAAAUAUUUAGUGGGAGAGAAGUAAAAAAGACUGAAAGAAAAAAUAAAGAAAAAAAACGUAAAAUAAAAAAUUAAAAUUAAAUAGAGAUUGUGCUUUGCUCACAGCAUCAAAACCAAGUGCAGCGGUGAGAAAAGUAAAUAAGUUCGUACGUUUUCGUUCCGUUUUUUGUUGACAAAGCACAAGCAACUAAAUAAAAAGUACCAAAAAAAUAAAAAUAAAAAAAAAAAAAACAUUUUUAUUUCAAUCUAUUUAUGUGCGCACAUAUUUUUUUGGCAAAUAAGCUCGAACAGCGUAAUAACCGCCUGACUUGCUAGACAACCACAAGAGAAGUGUAUUUUACUUUGUGAACAAUAUAUUUAUACACAUAUUCAUAUGUUCGUGUUAUUGACAGUGAAUAUUUAAGGAGGAACUAAACGAAAAAGUGUAACGUGGCAAGGGAAAAAUAUUUGAAAAAAAAAAAAUUAUUUUUGGAAAAAUUUUGUAAACUCUCAACUCAAGAAUGCGAUAAAAUCAACAAAACUUGCUAUAGUUAGUGAAAGUGAGCAGUUAAAUACAAAUAAAUAUUUUUUUACCGUUUAUGCUGGUUAGACCUGUUCCUACAUCUAUGGAGUUUCACUUAGACAGUGCAGAAUACUGCCAGGCACAGCACAAAUAAAAAGUAAAAGAGUUUGCAAAAUCUCUAAAGAAACGCAAAAAGGACCAGAGUUGGUACCACUUGAGAGCGUGUUGUCCAGCUGGGAGACAGUCUGACAGGAGAUAGCGUGGAACGCCAGAGAGAGCGAGUGAGAGAGGGAGAGAGAGUAAACAAACGAGAUACUGUUUGAAAAAAAAAAUAUAAUAAUUUUUUUAAACAGAUUUUGAACAGCUUAACUGCUUUCUCUAAUUGGAACCCAAAGAAGGUGUUGCUGAAGCAGUGGAAUAGAAGAGAACAGCGCGCAUAUCAGAAGAAUUGCUACAUAGUUUUGGUUUUUAGCUAAAAAUAAAAAAACAAAAACGUAAACGCAACGAAAAGCAAAAAUAAAAAUAAAAAUAAAAGUAAAAAUUAAAACAACAAAGCCUAAAUAACAGCACAUUUAAUCGAAAAUAAAUUUUCGUAAAUAAAAAAAUCGUUGGAAAUUUUAAAACGAGGAAUUAAACAAAAGCAAACAUCAACAGGGAUACAAGCAAAGCAAAGCGAAGCAGUAAAGCAAACAGGUUUUGUGCAAGCAAA